AUGGAUACACAAAUGUCAGAUGCCGAUUUCCCCUCUGCAUCGCCCCCUCCCCUCCUCUACUGCGACUACACAGACUGGUCUCCCUCCCUCUACAUCAUCCCGUCCGUCUACCUGCUCGCCUUCCUGGUCGGUUGCCUCGGCAACAGCCUGGUGCUCUGGGUCUACCUGGACCGAGCUGAGGGGAGGAGAACGAGGACCGGAGGUAAACACCAAACCGGGGUUAGAAAGUUCUGCCGCAGCAUCUUCUUCAGAAGCCGUCAACAGAGCACUAACACAGCAGGCAGAGUUCAGCAUGAGUGUAUUCUCCAGAAAAACAAAGAAAGCAGUGGAUUAUCCUCAAGGCAAAACUACAGACCCUCGUCGGACACCUCCAACUCCUCCUCCUCUCCUCCCUCCUUCCCUCGUCCGUCUCGCUCGCUGACAGACUCUCUGAUUGCCAGCUUAGCUCUAGCUGACCUUUGCUUCCUUGUGACUCUCCCUCUGUGGGCCGUCUACACAGCUAUGGGCUACCACUGGCCCUUUGGGCAACCCCUCUGCCAAGUCAGCAGCUUCCUCACUGCUCUCAACAUGUAUGCCAGCGUGUUCAGCCUGAGCAUGCUCAGUGUGGAGCGGUACUGGGUCCUAACUGGACGCAGACACUCCAGCCACCAUGCCCCACAGAGCUGCCCCAGCAGGGCAUUGUGGGUCCUCGGUGGGGUGUGGGUGCUGGCUGGGGUGUUGGCACUUCCGGGUUUGCUGCUGCGCUCCGUCAGAGAGGUGGAGCCUGAAAACGAAUAUGAGGAUGAUUGGCAGGUAGAGCCGGCUGACUCUGUACCCAUGUUCCUCUCCUGCCAGAUGGAUUACUCCAUGCUGAUUGGAGCAGAGCUGGACGAGGCAGAAAAAGAGAGGGCAGAGAUGUGGUGGACCGCUGCCUUGAGUCUUAAAUCCACUCUAGUUGGCUUCCUGCUCCCUCUUGUCAUCCUACUGGUCUGCUACUGCUCACUGGCCCAGCUCCUCAGCAGACAUUUUGGACGGGGCCCUCGUCCUGACCGCAGACGGCAGCGCAGACUUCUCAGGGUCAUCGUCACGUUAGUGCUGGCUUUCUUCCUGUGCUGGCUGCCUCUGCAUGUGAAUAAAACAGUAUCCAUGCUUCUGGAGUUUGGUUUUGUCCCCUACUCCUGCUCUUUAGAUCAGAUUCUGCUGGCUGCACACCCCUAUGUCACCUGUUUAGCUUACCUCAACUCCUGCCUGAACCCUCUCCUCUAUGCCGCCUGCGACCCCUCAUUCAGGAAGAGAUGCAGAGGAGUCAUUCUCAUGUUGUGCAGGACGAAGAGAAGAGGAACAGAGGGAGGGGAGGGAAAAAAGGAUGAAGGAGAGGAGGAGAAAGAGGAGAGGGGCUCAGCUUUCCCUUCCAGAACACAGGAGGAGACAGCGGACAGGACAGAGGAGGAGGAGGUGGUGGGGGAGGUGGGUGUCAUGGUGGCCGAAGGGUGA